CGUGAAGUCGGGUGGGUUGUCUUUGGAGGGCUUUCACAUUCCUCAAUUACAACAUCGCAACGCACAGAAACACUACUAUCAUACUUAUCUUACAACAAAAAACACUAUGGAAGAGGUCCCCAACUCCAAGCAGGACGUAAAAUUGUAUCGACGCUUUCCCGAUGACGAGAGCAAAGAGGUAGACUUUGGGCCUGGGUACCUCAAGCUCUACAAACCUGCACACGACAACAGCAAUGGACACAAGACGAGUCCAAAACUUCAGAUAGUGUUUCGUAGCCACGGAACCAUGAAGAUCCGUGCCAACCACGUACUUUCCGACGAAGUAAGCUUGGAUGUUUCCUUUGAGAACGAGUUGCGCUACGCUGCAAUGCGAGAUGUCGCCGACAUGAUGGCAACAACGGCGGUGGUCUAUGGGAGGCAAACCGCGACGAAACCCCAAGAUUUCCCCCUUUCCUUCGAAUUUGACUCGGAAGAGGAGCGCGACAAAUUUGUGAUCUCGAUGCAGGAACACCUUGGGCUCACAGCGCAAGAGCAGCCACCUAAAGCGAGCAAAGACGACAACGAGAUCAAAGAAGAAACCGCAACCGAAGCAGGAGAAAGAGCAGGAGAAAAAGAGGGCACCACAACGAAGAGCGGAGAAGCUGGAACAGACGAGACAACACACGUUUCCAGCGACCCCGAAACAAAAGAGGAAGCUGGGGCAUAGACCCGAAACUGAAGAGGGAGCCAGCCAACGAGCGGACGGGCAGCGCACAACUUGCCCUUUUGCAGGAAUGCCUUCUAGCCAUAGAUAAUAAUUAGUUGCGAUAUUCGAUCAGAUUGCUUGGAUCGCGUUGUCGAAUCCGUAUCAACCAUACCGGAAGAGACAUAUAUCACGGAAACUCACGAACAAGUAAUACAUCCACAAAAUGUUUGGUUUUUUGCUGUUGUUACUUCUUUACUAUGCAUUAUCAGUCUACGUCAUCUACUACAGAGAAAGAUUUGUGAUGGUUUGCACACCGGAACCACUUCCCUGUGUGUAUGAUUUGUUGGUGUUGAUUUGUAGACCGGCAUCACUUACCGGUAAAGUUUUUGAGUUUCUCUCAGCUCGCAUCGGCCAAGCAGCCAACACUCCCCAAGCUUCACGACGUGGGCGUGAAUGAUUUGUAGUUGGUGUUGAUUUGUAGACCGGCAUCACUUACCGGUAAAGUUUUUGAGAUUCUCUCGGCUCGCAUCGGCCAAGCAGCCAACACUCCCCAAGCUUCAC